AUGAUCAGAUCCGAUCGUUCCCUAACUGAACUCACCCUCGUCCCCCCCUCGCGCCCUCCCGCAGUGAGCAACUUCAACGUGACGGACUAUCGCGACUGGGCGGCGAUCACCGCCGCGGGCGUCCCAAUCGGGUGGUACGCCGGCAUGAGCGCGGCGAAGUCAGUCGCGAAGCCGUGCGCGUACAUCGCGGCGGCGAUGGGCGCGUGGGGGGGGUUCUGUUGGGCGUGCCAGAGCUCCACGGGUCGACUCAUGGGGUUCAAGGAGAACCCGGAGGAGGUGAAGCGAGCGGGGCGGCGGUGA